GGGUGUUUUCGUGUACGCUGUAAUUUAGAACUCGAAUUUUCUUCGACCAACGACUGAAAAAUGCGAGAUCUCUUCCUUGUGCUAUCCCUCGCUUAUUUUAUUGCACUCGGCAGCGGUGCCAUUGAAUCGGCGGAAUCUAAGUUAAUUACCAAAUUAACACCGCUGAACAGUCCAUUGUACCAGGAUAAUGCCAAAGACUUAAUAUCGUCUGCCAGCGAUCGAACAUUUCACCUUAGCAAAGAGUAUGGUCAACCGGGAGGAUACGGUGGAGGCGGACCAUAUGGAAGUUACCUUGGUCUCAGUGGUUCGACUUAUGGCCCUGGUAUGACGUACCGUGGAAGCUUGGGUCCUGGAUACUUAAACCCGGGCUACAAAGGCUAUCCAGUGGGUGGGCCAGGAAUUAUUGGGGGCGGCCAUAUAGGGUAUGGCUAUUACGGAAAUGGCGGAUACAAUCCGGGAUAUGGAGGCUAUGGAUACGGCGGUUAUGGUGGUUACGGGGGUUAUGGUGGAUACAAUGGUUAUGGAAAUGGACUAGGGGACUAUGGCAGCGGAUACGCAUCCAAUGGUUAUGGUUCCGGUAUUUACGAUAAUAGCUACUAUGGGUACGCUGGGCGUGGUAGUUAUGGUCGUUACGGAGGAUUAGAUGGUUAUGGACGUUAUAGUGGAUUAGAUGGUUCUGGACGUUACGGUGGAUUAGAUGGUUAUGGGUAUGGAACAGGAUAUAGUGGGUAUGGAGGAUCGAAUUAUGGAUCCUCGUAUAACGUGAGAAGUAAUUACGAGCCUUAUCGUAGCAACAGUUAUGGGAGUUACACUGGUUAUCCAUCAGGAUACAGGGGUUAUUCUUAA